AGUCUCCAAGAAUGGAACCUUCGCUUGGCAAACCGGAGCUCGUGUAUGUCUGCAAAACAUACCUCAUCUAUGUCUGCAAACCGUAGCUUGUUUGUGGCACGGUCUCCAACUCAUCUAGUUAAUAAGGUCAUACAUGUGGGGGUGGAUGAACUGCACAAAGUCAUGGAGAAGUCAACAAAGUGUUCCAAGUACACAAAGGGCCACAUCCCUUCAGCCGUACGGUUUCUGAACUGUGGAUAUGCACCUUCAGCUGAAGAGUGGAGCAACGCGCAACGUAUCUGUAAGAUAUUGCAGAGGUUGCAUAUAUACAUGGAUGAGAUGAACACUUGUCAUUGCCCAGCCGACCUCCUUGACCAGUUAUGGGGUGCAAAACGAGCUCUACAUCCAGAGGAUAGUUUUUAUGGGGACAAAACAGUUUCGAAAGAGCUAAAAGAGAUGCAACAGAAAUUUACAGAAUGCUGGAAUCUCUAUUGCUUAAAUAUCUGUCUACCUGUGAUCAUGGAUCCUUCAAAGCGUCUGGAAUGCAUCAAGUCUUGUCUGCGUCCGAAGUUGUACAAUUAUUGCUUGAGGCACGAAUUGGACAAGGAUAUAGAAGAUUAUUUUCAGGAAGUGCAUGACAUGUUGAUCAACCUCUUCUAUGAAUAUUCUGAUCAGGUGGAAGACACUAGCAUCACAUCUGGGCCUAAAACUAGCAGGAACAUUGUUGUGAAGGGAGAUGAUAUGCUGAUGCAAUAUUAUCAUCAUAUUACCUAUCCAUUUAGCACGCGUCCAAUGAUAGAGCUUCAUCAGUACUUGCAAGAGCCAGGUCCCUGUACGGCUGAGCAAACCGUUCUACAAUGGUGGAAGGAACAUAGUCUGACCUACCCCACAAUCGCUCGGAUGGCACGUGAUAUAUUGGCAAUACCAGCCAGUACUGAAUGCGGUGUAGCAAUAAGGACUGCAAGACGAACAAUUUGUCAGUCUAGUAAACACUGGGUUGAGGAGACUGUCUGUACUCAGGAUUGGCUCACAUCUUAUGGUUCUUUAAGCGAAAUGCCAAACGGUGCUCUUUUUGAGUGAAUACUCCGACCUUCCGAAUGUUCCAUUAUUCAAGAACGGCAAUGGAAUCCUCUCACAUGACUUUUGUCUAGACUUCAGACAAUUUUGCGGCAGUCUGAUAAGUUCAUCCGAUAACUUGGAAUCUUUGGAGCAUGCUAAGUUCAUAUAUUAGUAGUUCUAGUUACAAAUGGAAGUGGUCAGGCCUUUGUACGCCAUCUGAUGAUUUAUUUUGGUGCAAAAGUUAGAGCACUAUUCCUUGUAUACAUUUCAUCUGGUUAUCCUUGGCUGUUUUGUUUGGAUGCUUACUCGUAUCCUCUUCAAGCGCAUUGCAUUCAUUCCAUUUUC